CGGCUGCUGCUCUGUGUGAUCUGCCUCCUGCCCCCCGGGGCUCAGGCCGGAGGCAUCGUCGGGGGCCGGGAAGCCCGGCCCCACUCGAGACCCUACAUGGCCUUGGUGAACCUAGUGAAAGAAAGAAAAGCACAUGGCAUCUGCGGAGGGUUCCUGAUUCAGGAGGACGUGGUGCUGACGGCCGCCCAUUGUAACUGCGACGUGGGCAACCUCACCGUGCUGCUGGGGGCCCACAACGUUUCCAGGAAGGAACAGGGGACGCAGGAGAUCGGGGUGAGGCGUCGAAUCCCCCACCCCAAAUUCAUUGAUGCCACGCUGGAAAAUGACCUCAUGCUGCUGCAGCUCCAGAGACAGGCCGAGCUGACCACGGCCGUGGGCACCAUCGCCCUGUCUGGGAAUAAGGUGAAGCGUGGAGCCGUGUGCAGCGUGGCCGGCUGGGGCCAGACGAAUUUCAAGAUAAACGGCUCCACCUCCCCAACGCUGCAGGAAGUGGACCUGACGGUCAUGAACAGGAACAUGUGCCUGUCUUGUAACUAUCUGCCCUUCGUGCCAUCCAGGAUGCUGUGCGUGGGGGAUCCCGAGGGGAGGAAAACCCCUUUCUUGGGUGACUCCGGGGGCCCCCUGGUGUGUGACGGGAAGGCCCAGGGCAUCGUCUCCUAUGGCAGCGCUAAUGGGUCAACUCCCAGUGUGUUCACCAAGCUCUCCAAAUAUCUCUGCUGGAUCCAGAAAACCCAGCACCAUCUGGCACCUUAG